AUGGAAGGAAAUCGAAGGCCGAACUUAUUGGUGGAAAGAAGUAAUCAAAUGGCAGCCGCACAACUUAUCAUUUUUAAUAAAGAUGCGAUGGAAUGUGGUGAGAUAUGGGUGAAGCAAAGGAAUGAUUCAGACGUAGAAAAUGGUGAACGUUUUAAUUUGAUAAACAGUGAUGGUAAUAAAUGGCGACGAAUUAGGCGUAAUCGUCGCACUCUGAAAGAUUACUAUCGACAAUUUAGAUUUAUUAAUUGGUUAGGAAGAAAAUUUCAUACUACCGAUCGUGCCAAACAAGCUGACUAUUUAUCAAGACUUAUCUUUCCAGUACUAUUCCUGAUAUUCAAUUGUGCAUAUUGGUUGAAUUAUUCGCGUUAUACGGUACCAAAACCAUCAUAA